AAUAAUGAAAUAAUAAUAAUAAUUUUUUCUUCUGUUUUACAGUCAAACUUUUUUUCUGUUUCAACGUUUUCAUUCAUGUCGUAAUAUAUGUAUAUAGAAUCUAUUUUCAAAGACAUGUACAGGCAUUCACUUAUUUAUCCAUAUGUCUUGUGUUUUUACUGCGUAAUAAUGUUUAUUCGCUCAAAAAUAAACUGUCUUAUUCAACGGAAACGCUAUUUUCCUAAGGGAUCGCCGAAACCCAAACCCAAAUUUUAUAUCCCAUCCUUCCCUGUCUACUGUACACAUAGACUCGUCCACUAAGUACAUAACCACUGCCCGUGCUAAUGGUCGGUCUUUUACUAGCUCGCCGCAUAUGUAACCCUGUGAAUCGAUGAGAAUGGUUUCAAAUAAGGUGCGAGUACAUGUAUUUUUAAAAUGAAGCAAUCCGCAAUCAAAUGGUCGAUAUUUAAAUUACUCCAUAAAUAUAUAUAUAGUGAUACAAGUGAGUAGCAUUAGGAGUGGCGAUAAUAACGACGAUGCUAUAUGAUUAUGAUUGACGUUGAUUUUACAAUGAUGGUGUUAAGUGAUGAUGACUAGUGAUGAUACAGAAACUAUUAGGUUGUUAAUGUCAUGAUGAUGAUUUGUCAUUUCUCUUUUGAUGAUCAUGUUGAUUGUAAUGUUGGUGUCAGAUGAUGAUUACCAAUGAUGAUUAGGGAGAUUCAGAUUAUAAUUACGAUUGGUGAUGACUAGAUUCGGUUAAGAUAUUUCUAAAUGAUUGAUGUCAAUAAUGUGUUAUGAUAUAUAAAUUACUGAUAAUAACUGGUUAUGAAUUAGAUCAUGGGACUGGUGAUAAUAAUGGUGGCUUAGGAUUACGAUUACUUUGAAUGUUGGUGAUGAUGGCAAUGAAAAAGAAGGAUGAUGUCAAUGAUGACAAGGAUGUCUCUUGAUGAUGAAUAAUAAAAGUUUUUUGAGUUCCUCAAUUUUAUGUUUAAGGCAAUUAUGAUGGCAUCUUAUAAGGGCCGAUGAUGAUUUCUGACGAGAUCUACUGAUGAUUUGUAAUGAUGAUGAUGUCACUUAUAAUGAUGAUGAUUAUGAUGACGAUUAUGAUGAUUAGGGUAACAUUAUCAUGACUUAUAAUACUCCUUAUAAUUGAUUAUCAUGUUAUUGAUGUUGAUUUUGUUGAUGUCGAUUGAUGUUGACUGAUGUUGAUUGUCAUUUUGUCUAAACUUGUUAAAAAUGACCAAUACUGAUGUAAAAGAAAGUGGACUGAUGAUGAUUUUAUUCAAUGAUGUUGUUCUGGAUAUGGUUCUUAGUUGUAAUUCAUUGUUGUUUCGUAACCGGAGCCUUUAUUUUGGCUCAUUUUCAUCGAAGGUCUGGAAUUGUACAGACACUGUUGAUGCCGUUUCUUGGGCGGGAACGCUCUCGUGGUGGGGAUCAAGCCCAUGACUGGCGGAAACGCUCCCGUGUUGGGGAUCGAGCCCGUGACCUCCCGGUCGCUGGGCGGGCAGCAUAUCCAUUAAACCACGGCGACCUGUAAAGGACCUGGGAAAGGUUCAUGAAUAAAAUAAUGAUGACAAGAAUUAUUCUUUGUAUAUAAUUAAAACUGUUUAUUGUCAUAAAACACUUAAAGAGUGCACGAAGACGUGCGUUUGGGGUGCCUCAGGCGGGUGUGUGCGGGUUUGUGUCGCCGCAGUUUGUUUUUUAUAUGUGUUAUGUUGUUGAUGUGUUAUAUUUUUGUUGUUGUUGUCGUCAUUCUAUGUAUUUGUUGUUGUUUUGUUGCAUGGAAUAUGUUACAAGUGCUGCAGGAUACGCACAAACGCACUAGCCUUUUAUUUGAGCAAUGUUUCGUUUUUCCAAACCCGAUUUUAAUUCAUUGUUAUUGCUUGUCAAGGCUGGCGUGUGUUCGUGGCCGCUGUGUGGCGGAAGGCCCACAUCCUGCGGCCGUGGUCCUUUUUGGCAUAGUUUCCACGAACACACUUCCCGCUUGUCACGGGGGAUAGACAUUAUGUACUUAAAUUUCCCGCCGUUUUCGGGGAACCUGUAUAAUGUAAAUGAUCCCAGCCUUGACAAUAUAAUGCCAAACCUUUAAGAUAAUAAAUUGCGUAGUUAAACUAUUUUGCGUUUGUCGUUGAAUAAUAAUGUUUAUACGCUCAAGAAUAAACUGUCUUAUUCAACGCAAACGCUAUUUUCCUAAGGGAUCGCCGAAACCCAAACCCAAAUUUUAUAAACCAUCCUACCCUGUCUACUGUACACAUAGACUCGUCCACAAAGUACAUAACCACUGCCCGUGCUAAUUGUCGGUCUUUUACUAGCUCGCCGCAUCACAGUGUUGGUCGCGCUAUGGUUUACAAGUUUACAUUUUCCACCCACCCUCUCACUUUAUUUUUCAUUGCAACACGAUGCUUGCCAGAUUUUUGUAAUAUUCCAGUGUUGUCGAGAAUUACGAGCUCCAUUAGAAACCCCCAUCGUCAUGGCUGGGACUUAACAGCGUACGGCACACCGUCAGUCUGUCCAAUGGUCUACUUAGUUCGGCCCCCGACGACGGGUUCCUGCGUAAAUGACUGUACCAGUAUGCGAGUUCUCGAAGGCCUUUUGCAUUAACACCAGUUUGAGGAUCAAGGAUAUUGCUUUCUGCACUGGUGGGGGGGAACCAGCUGUUACAAGUUCAACUAUGAGUAGUCCACCCGAGACUUCAACACUACCACCAACAACUACUACAACAGGAGCACGCGGCGCAUCGGAAACGACUACAGGAACUGCCGUCCGCCCAACAGCGGCUCCACAUCCUAUCAAUUGCACAUUGUGUCAGUUUAACCCGCAGCUGUGCUUUGCUCAAACCAAGGUGGAGAUGUGUCCUGACUCCUACUGCAUCAAUGAAGUCACAAACAAGGAAGACGGCUCCAAAUGGGUUGACAGAAGAUGUGGCACUUAUGACGAGUGUGAGAACGACUGGUGGCACAGCACAAGUGAUGAUCCAGACUGUCAGGACUACAAACCAGACCAGAACACGAUGAAGGACAUCCACUGUACCUACUGCUGCACCACGGACAACUGUAACAGGGAUAUCAAGCCUGCUCAAGACACUCUCUACACGCAUCCCAAGAAAUAGACAAUAAACUAAUUCGUUUUUCUCGAAUGAUGCUUCCGUUCAUCGUUUGUGUGUUCAUAGCGCAAUAAAUGGCUAGGCUUGUU